GGAUGAUCAGGAUGGAGGUCAGCUGGCGGAGAAGCAGGAGGUUGACACCUGUCUGGUGACUCCUGCUGAGGAGCUUAAGGACAACAGAGAACCAAACGAGGACCAACUUCUUUUUGAGAACCGCCUUAAAGCUGCAACAAGAGCCUGAAAGAGACCAGUUAGCCUCCGUGCUAACAGAGAAGCGAAGGUAACCAGUUUCCUUCAGGAGAACAGCUCUAAAAGGUCUCAAGGCGAAGAGUGUUGGACAUUUAUUGGACGCUUUUCUCUUCCAAGCUGUUUUUCUGAAGAAUAAAAAAUAAGCUAAGGCCUUCCACAGCAUCAUGUCUAUCACUGCAUGGGAGGUUCUGGCUGAUAAUCUUCUAAUAAUGAAUGAGAGAAAUUCAAUUGUUGAUCACAAGAUUUCAAAUCCUGUAGAACUAAAACAGGAACCGGGAGAAUCAGAUCCACAACAGAUCACUGAGACGAAAGAGGAGCCAGAACCUCUGUCAAUUAAAGAAGAACAGUCUGAACUGAAGAUCUUUCAGCUUUUACUGAAGCAGGAGAGCAACACCUCUACGGUGAUUCCUGCUGAUGAGGAAAUAUUCCAUAAUGAGCCAGAACUGGAGCAGAUGAUGGAGACAAAGGAGGAACCAGAACUUAUACAGAUUAAAGAAGAGCAGGAAGAUUUCUGCAGUGAUCAGGAUGGGAAUCAGACUAUAAAACAGGAACCUGUUGAGCUAAGGGACAGUAGUGAACCAGAACCAAACAAGAACCAGAACCUCUCUGGGAUCCAUCCUGAAGAUGCAAACCGUCAUGAACAGGGAAGCAACCAGGAAGACUCAGGAUCCAGUAAAGAUACGGAUCUGGAGCUUCUGGACAUUAGAAAUCACAGGGACAAUGUGGACAGUUCAGAACCAGAACGUCAUAAAAAUGUUCCUUCUUGUGAAAUAUGUGGCAAAUCCUUCACGAAACGUAAAUACUUGACGUCUCACAUGCAAACUCAUACAGGAGAGAAGCCAUAUCCAUGUACACUCUGUGAUAAAUCAUAUAAGCGGAGUAGCGAGUUAGCGCGUCACAUAAAGGCUCACACAGGUGAGAAACCCUAUCCUUGUGAAUUUUGCAGUAAAUUUUUCAGUCAGAGCAGUGAGUUGGCAGGUCACAUGAGAACCCAUACAGGUGAGAAGCUGCAUAAGUGUAAGGUGUGUGGUAAAUCUUUCAGUAGCAGCAGUAGCAUGGCUCGGCACAUGAGAUCUCACACCGGAGAGAAACCCUUUGCUUGCAAAGUGUGUGGUAAGUCUUUUGCUUUUAUUAGUCGUUUGAAUGUUCACACAAGAAUCCACACAGGAGAAAGACCAUAUUCUUGUGAAGUCUGUGGUAAGUCCUUCAGGAAAAACUGUCAUUUAACUAUUCAUAUGAGAACACAUACAGGCGAGAAGCCAUAUUCCUGUGAAGUUUGCGGUAAAUCGUUUAGUGAAUGUAGCAGAGUGGCCAGACAUAUGAGGAGUCAUACACAUGAGAAGCCUUAUACUUGCACAAUUUGUGGCAACUCCUUCCGGUACGGCAGCAAUUUGACUGAACACAUGAUAACUCAUACAGGCGAAAAGCCCUACUCCUGUAAGGUGUGUGGUAAAUCUUUUACUGAAUGUGGUAGCAUGGGCAGACAUAUGAGAACUCACAAAGCAGAGGAGCGAUAUUUUUCACCUGAAGCAGAAUAGUCAACACAUGGGCACAUGCUUUUGAGACUGUCAUAGUUACACACCUUUCAGACUCUGCACAGACCGCAGUUUGACCCGGGCCGGACAGGCCACAAUGUAAGAUGGUUGACACACCAUCAAUACAUCCCUGUGGAAGUGUACACAUACCUGUAAACGUUUAACUCUGAGGUUUAAUACAGAUUGAAAGUCAAUGUAAUUUGUUGUAACAUGACAGAGCAAAGAUUGCAAAAGUGUUAGAAGUCCAGAACAGAGUGACUGAUGAAUCCUCCAUUAAUCAGUCAUUCAUUCUGCACACAGACGACUGUGAGAUCUGAGAAGUGACUUCAUUGACUGUCUGAUGCAGAUAAUAAUUCAAUGUUGAUUAUGGAGCAUAACAAUCUCCCAUUUUUAAAAGACCGACUGCAGUUGGACCAUCUGCUUGAGCCUCAUGAAACGGCACUUCACCAAGCCUGGGGAAAAAUAUUCUAUUUUUGUUUAUGUGUCACAUUUAACUUUUUCAGAUUAUCAAAAUCAUUUUAAAACUGGGUUAAGAUACUGUAUACAAAUAACAUAUUUUAAAUAGUGAUUUCAUUCAUUGAUAAAACUAUCCAAACCAA